AUGAACAGCCUCAACGCCCUGGGUAACCGCCAGGUCACUUCCCUCCAGCAUGACCUCUCGCGCAUGGAGACGGGCGAGGCCGGCCCCAGCGUCCAGGGACAGAUCACCACCACGCUCGCCGCCCUCUCGCGCCUGAUAGACGACUACGACUCGAUGGCGCGCAAGGAGAUGGUCACUGCUGCGCGCGAGAAGGCCAACACCUUCCACAUUGCCAGUGACGCUGACGCUGACGCCUCGUCAUCCAGCCGCGUGGCCAAGCUCACAAACGACCACAAGGAGCUGAAAGCGCGCUUUGAGCGGGCCAAGAACGACUCGUCGGCGCGCGCGCGCAACGACCUCCUCGGCGUCGGCAGCGCGACGGGGGCCGCGGGCUCGCCCAACCAUUCAGGAGGGUCCCUCCCGCACCGCCGCGUCACGUCCAGCGCCAACGGCCCGCCCUCGCCGCUGCACGAGUCGCCGUUUGGCAACUCCGCCGCUGGAGGAGGGUACAUGGGGCCGAACGCGCGCGAAGACUAUGCGCUGCGCGAACACUCGUUCAUCCGCGAGUCGGAGAACAACAUUGACCAGUACAUUGCCCAGGGCCGGGCGGUCCUGGAGAACCUCGUCGAGCAGCGCGGUAUCCUCAAGGGCACGCGGACGCGGCUGCUGGACGCCGCCAACACGCUGGGACUGAGCAGGGAGACCAUCUCCUGGGUUGAGCGCAGGACUAAGGAAGACAAGUGGAUCUUCAUCGCUGGCGGAACGUUUACCCUCGCGUCGUUUGCCGGCAUCUACUACUACUUUGGCUAG